AUGGCUGGUGCGACAGGCUCGGUGGAUUUGGGGGGACGGAGUGGCUAUGAGAACUUCUGUGGAAUAAGUAUGACCAGAGUCAUCACCAAAAAGGAGCAGCUAAUAAGAAGAUUGAAAUCUUUUUGCCUAGAUCUCAAGGCUUUCGAGAGGAGACUUACUGAAUAUAUUCAUUGUUUGCAACCUGCCACUGGACGCUGGAGAAUGCUUCUUAUAGUGGUAUCUGUCUGUACAGCUACUGGUGCCUGGAACUGGUUAAUAGAUCCCGAGACACAAAAGGUGUCCUUCCUCACAUCGUUGUGGAACCAUCCGUUUUUCACCGUUAGUUGUAUCACUCUGAUAGGCUUGUUCUUUGCUGGGAUACACAAGAGAGUAGUUGCUCCAUCAAUUAUAGCCGCGCGAUGUCGAAACGUGUUAGCAGAGUACAAUAUGUCUUGUGAUGACACCGGAAAACUGAUUUUGAAACCUAGGCCUCAUGUUCAGUGACAAUCUGCAGUCAUUGUUACGGGACCUAACGCAGCCUUUCUUCAGAGAAGUGGGCAGCAAAAGCCAUAAGGAUUCCUUUUACAGUCGGAUAUUUGAUGGUCAUAGCAACAGCUGACAAGAAGUGUGCAAUAUUUACCCAGAUAGUUUGAUGAUGACUCACAUUAUCAGUGCUUUGGUACCUUGGAUUGUCUAUGUAUCAGUAUUAGUGUCACUUUAGUACUUCAGAUCCUGCAGAGAUUGUUGCAGAUGAAGUAUGUGUGUAUGUUACUAAGUUAAACUUAGAAACAGAACCUCAUCCAGUUUUUAUAAUUAUUUUUGCAAACUACUGUAAAUAGCAAAUCAAUGCCAAUGUCAAAGGAGAAAGCGUUUGUGGACUUGGUUCUCCUGCACCAGUAUUUCAGAAACAUCAGCUUGCCAUCUCCACCGCUUUUUAAAACCAACUGUUAUGUGUAGCUGUGCCUUUUCUUCUCACACUCUUUUUUAAUCAUAAUGCAGGAAAACCAAGGGAUUGGGCUUAGACUGAGGAAACUCAUCUUCAUUAUGUUGUAAGAAAUUAUAGACGUUUUGAGAAACAUUUUUUGUUAAACCAGAUAGUGAACUUUGGCCACUAUUGUGAUAUUUUCCUGUUCAUUGUUUUCAUUUAAUGCUAAAUUUACUUUAUAUUUUUAAAAUAAUUUUAAGAACACUCCAGAGGCUUCUGAAAAUAUCAGUUUAGUUAUAAAUUAUGUAUUGUCUGGGAAUUUGGUAGUUAUUGUUUUAGAUAAUUGGAUUUUAUGCUGUGGUCAAAGUGCUGUUACACUAGUAUUGUGCAGGGGGGCGGUGCCACAAUAGAGUCUACAAUUCUCACUGUUUAGAGAGUGUUAUUGACAUACUGUGUAUGCAUAUUAGCCACAUGUACUAUAAUAACUCUUAAACUAUUGGGAUUGCUGUAAAUAUUUUAAAGAACUGGAGGUGCCUUUUACCUGUUUAUUAGAAGAUUCUGAAAAGGUUUAAAUUAUUUCAAGAGCAAUCUUUUAAAUUUCAUUUGACAUAAAGCUGAAAAUUCAGUAACAGGACAAAAACUUUUUAACUAGGCUGCCAUUUCAUGUGUUCAUCCUGGCUUUCAUGUGUAUAAGAUUUUAUUCUUUGAACUGUAGCAAUAAAACCCUCUGCUCCUAAGAAGUCUUAAGGGGGUAUUCUAUAUAUUCUGCAUUGUUUUAUUUUCUGUAAAUUUUGUAGGUAAAUAUGUGCAUAAAAAUAAAUACUUUAUAUAUAAUUAGUGA